UUGUUUAAAAAAUUCCAAAGAAACUGAACGAUUGUUAAAUUUUAAGUAAAUAAAUUGUUUGAAAUCGACAAAAAUCUUCGUUACGAAAAACUAUUGGUUAAAAAUUUUAGAAAUAUGUGGCUUAAAGAAAGCAGUGCGGGUUGCUGUAACAUUUUCCAGCGAUUACCAGAAGAGUUACAAUGUUUCUUACCUGAAUUAUAUGCAGAUUUGCAGCGUUUACAAAAUUUGCAUAGACAUAGUUUUGUAAAAAACCAGCGCAUCUUAAAUUUGGCCAAAACUAAAAACAUCAAGAAGACACCACGUUUUGUGCCCAUUUGUCCGUGUAAAUUCAAAAAGCCCAUCGAGGUUAUACAUUUGGAUCAAAAGGAAAAUACAAGAACUGAACAAUUGGCAUAUCCUAAAGCAAGAAAACUAUUGGUAUUCAAAGACGAGAUCAAGAAGCUAUUUCCACCGAAUCGAAUUAUAAAUUUGAAUCGUUUAAUACGCAAAAGUUUAUUGUCAUUGUAUAGCCGCUUGGCCAAUGUACAACCGCCGGAAGAGAUGCAACCUAUCAAAAAGUGGGAUCGAGCAGAGUGGACCAAACAUUUGAAAAAAUUAAGAAAAUUGGCCAAGCCCAAAGUUGCUAAGCCGCAACCAAAGAUACCAAACAAACGAAUGCCUCUUCAGAGUAUGAAACGCUACAAAAACUUAUCCAGGCCAGUUAAACGAGAUGUACUGGAGAAACCAGAUUGGACAUUGACACAUGAACUGAAAAGAUAUAAAGCUACGGAACGUCUCAUGAACUUGGCUAAACCUUUGAUACGUGAUACGUCUAUGUUAUAUCAGGAAUUACCCAUAAAAAUUCCUCAAACAGUUCUAAAACACAAAGCAACCAAGCGUACACUUGAUUUAUCGCAACCUAAGGCCCGAAAAACGUCACCAGAGAUAUCUGAAAAUCCAUUCGCUAUUUCUCCUAAUGCCCUUAAGGCAAAGGCUUCCAAACGGACAAAGGAUUUGGCUGAGCCCAAAGAAUGUGAAAAUACACAUAUUCGUGAAGAUCCCUUUGCAAUUUCACCGGCAGCUCUCAAGGCAAAGGCGAAACCACGUACCCUAGAAUUAGCCAAACCAAAGAAAUAAUUUGGCGUUGAGUGUAUUCUCAAGACUUUAAAAAUUUGUUGUAACUAAAAGUUGUGAUUAUUUAUCUUAAUAUUAAUAGUAUAUUUAAUGUGCAAAAAUUAUAA